AUGAGGUUCACUCUUAUUGCCUUUAUGGCUGCCACUGCCAUGGCAGGCCCCAUGAUUUCACGUCAGGCACCUGCUCCUCGUCCUGAACCUGUUCCUGCUCCUGUUCCUCGUCCUGAACCUGUUCCCCGUCCUGAACCUGUUCCUCGUCCUGAACCUGUUCCUCGUCCCGACCCCAACACUGAUCCUCGUCCUGGUCCCGAUCCUGGUCCUCGUCCUGGUAAGGGCGGCAAAGGCAAAGGAAAGACUGGAGGCCCACCACCACCUCCUCCAAACGGCGAAACUCCACCACCACCACCACCUCGUCCAGAGGGCGAACCUCGUCCAUACCUCGGCCAGAGGGCGAACCUCGUCCAGUACCUCGGCCAGAGGGCGAACCUCGCCCAGUACCUCGGCCAGAGGGCGAACCUCGCCCAGUACCUCGGCCAGAGGGCGAACCUCGCCCAGUACCUCGUCCAGAGGGCGAACCUCGUCCACUACCACCUCGUCAAAGAAAGUGAACCAGGAAAUUCACAAGGCGACAGCAUUCAAUGGUCACUUGGCGCAAAGAAUGAUCAUUCCAACCAACCGUUUGUCGCUUUUCUGAGUCGGUUCAUGCACAGUUAA